GUAAUAUUAAAAACACUUGUGAAAACAAGUUUAUUAAGGAACACACACACAUACGUGUACCUAUCGGCUUUUCGAGUAUUACAAUUUACACUAUUCAAAGGUAAAAAGAUUAAAGAUUCGCGGGUAUCUUAAUAAUUUUUUUUUUUUUUUUGCUCUUCACAUAAUCCACGGUAAGCAAUAAAUUCAGAUAUUGCAUUAAUAUUAUUCUAUCGUAUUCGCGAAUACAUCACCUAUGUCAACAGUAUUAUUUCAACCAUUGUGAUGGUUUAUUCGUGAACGUUAAAAAGUGAUCGAGCGGAUACGUCACAUCAUUUCCAUUCCAAGUUCCUAACGUUUUCAACAUGCAGAGUCAGUAAAUUAUUACAUACGAUACUAACUUUAAUAAAAAAAUAAUUAAAAAUAAAAACUCGAAUAAGGAUAAUGCCAAUUUGAUAAUAUUUUUAAGAAAAACGUGUGUUUAACUGUUAAUCGUUCGCAUUCGUAUUUAUAAAUAAACUUAUGAUUCUUUAUUAUCGAGUAGUAUCAUUUUCUUAUUAACUGUUAUCGUUUGUAUGUGUUAUGUGAUUUCAGAAAGAACGAUAUUGUGGUAUAUGACGUUUUGGGGUUUCGGGAUGAACUUUAUGCUUCGGAUGAACUUAAACAUAGCAAUAGUGUCUAUGGUUCGGAAUUCCGUGAAAACUAGCAACGACAAAUUCAAAACCGAACUUUAUGAAAACUACAGUUUUGCGAACGCAUCUUUAUCAAUCAACGCCAGCGCACAUAACAACGUAAGUAUAAUGUACCUAUACUGUUAUCAAUUUAGUAAAUAUUAAUACAUGCACCUACAAAUAAAUGGAUAUAAAUAUUAUUACGUAAACAAAAACGUUUGGUUUAUGAUAUUCACAAACCGAACAUUUGCAAUAGGUACUGUUAUAAUUGUUAAUUAUUGGUUAGUAUAGAAAUUCGUUAAGUUUUACAAGAAAAUGCAAACGCAAAAGAAAGGUUUUAGGUUUAAAUAAAUUUGAUUGCUUCCACUUUUUUCGAAAUUAAUAUGAGUUGACCCUCCCCAAACUGCUAUUCAAAUGCUAUGUACGCCCUCAUGUAAACUGGACGGUUUUUUUUAAAAAGAGUAAAAAUCGUAAAAUAUGUAGUAUAAAUGAAAAAACAGCAUGGCCUGCAAGCUGAACUAAGUAUUAAUUUUAUUGUAUUUACAAUGCAUUUUUAAACCGAAGAUAAGAUUAUGCACUAUAUAACUACUAAGCUAGGUAGGUAUAUUAUAUAGCACACGGUUUAUUAUUGUAUAAUAAUUUAUUUGGUUUACUUCUUUAUCGGAUUUAGUUGGACUUUGAACGUUCGAAUAGCCACUAUAAUUAAUGUUAUUAGCCAUUUAAUAAUAGGUACGUAGUUACCUACGGUAGGUAUUGCGUUUGUCAAUAUAAACAUAUUAAAUAAUGUUGUUUGAAUAUACAAAGGUCUCUGGGUCUCUGGCAUUGUCCACGCGUGACCAUAAUAGUAGACCCGGGAUUUAUUGCACUUACAACCCAUAAAAAUUUGGUUAAGGGGAUUGGAAGCGACGAAUUUCUAUCUUUGUCUUACACACGUGGGAUGUAGAAAUUUAGACGUGUUUUAAUUCCAACGUACCGUUUGAACUAGUGAAGUGAUACGAAUUCUGGAAACAGAUUUGAAUUUGUCGUAAAGUCUAUUGGAGAUCGACUUUCCCACUUUUUAAAUUCAUCUCUUUAAAUUCUAAAAAAGCUAUACUAAUAAAAGAGUAAUUGAAAAAAUGGAAUAUUUUAAUUUUUUGAUAAAUUAAAAUCAAAAAUCAAAUAAUUGGAAGAGUCGAUCUCAAAUAAACUUCACAACAAACUCAAAUCUACUUUUAUAAUCUUUAUCGCCUCACUAGAUAAAUUGGUACGUUGGAAUUAGAAACUCGUCGCUUACAAUCCCCUUAAGAACGUCAAAAAAUCCCCGAAAAUAUCACUCAAAAAAAGCAAAAAUAGUAAAAGCGUUUAAAAGUCCGUCUAAAUCGAUUCAUAAUUUAAUAUAUACAAUUGUUUACUGUGUUAAACAAUUUUAGUGCACUAAAAAAACGAUUAACAUAGAGUAAUAAUUAUGUUUAUAAUAUGUAUGUAUACGUUUAGUUUUAUCAAAAAAAAAAUAAUUGCUUUGUAUUAAUUGUGUAAUGUUAGAAAAAUUGUUUUUACCGUUUUCAAAAUGUUACGACUCAACGUGCAGGACCGUUCAGUGUAGAUAUCUGCCGCAGUUAGAUACUAUUAUAGUUUUGAAUUUAAUACUAGAUUAUAUGAAUUGUUUUAUUUUACAUUAAAAUUAAACAUGUCAUACAUGUGAUGUUUAAUGAAAUAUUUCAAAAGUAUAAGUUUCAUGCAAUUUUAGAACACUAAAUAUUAUAAUAUUCACGGGGCUUAUAUAUUACUACAGUAUUAUUAAAUCAACAUAUUUCAUAAAACAUAUAUGUACAUAAACGUUUUUAUGUUUGUUGAUAAUGAGAUUAUAUGAGAUUGACUAUAAUGCGUGUGAUAUUAUGUGAAAUUAAAAUUGUUCCGAUAAGAUUAUAGGUACCUACCUAAUACAUUUAGUUUAGGUUCAAGGUUAUCGUUGCCCAAUUUAAUACACCUAUACUAAAUUAUAUUUUUUAAUUUUUUGGUUCACGUGUCUUGGUUUUAAACUAAAGUAUAAUACGUUACAAUCAAAUUACACUGAUUUGAAUACCUAUCCAUUACCGUAUUUAGGAGGAAGGUGGAGAGAUGUAUCUUCUUGACAUUUUAUUACUCACUAUCAUUAAUAUAACUGCCAGCUAUUUUUCAAUUCAAAUUUAUUUAUUUUUAAUGAAAAUAAAAAAAGACGGAUGUAUAUCUGUAAGCAAUAAUAAACCAUUGCCAACAAAAGAACGAUUCUGAGCGGAGUUCAGUUGAUAGUAUUGCUUUCUCAACAUUAUAAAUAUAUAUAUAUAUAUAUACUAUGUCAUAUAGUAAAAUGAUUACAAUUAUGAGUAUUUCCAUGACAACAAUGAUUAUUUGAAAAAGAUUUAAAAUAAUAAAAACUUAAUAAUUACAAAAAAUAAAUAAAAACGGUUGAUAAUGACAACCUUAUUUUUAAUCUUUCAAUCUUUUUUAACCUAAAGAACCAGGUUUUCCUCAUUAUCUCAAAUAUUAAUGAGAAUUCCAAAAAAUUACCUCUUCAAAGUACCAUCCAAAGAACAUUUCCUUUCAAAAAAAUGCUAUACUUGAUAAUCGGAGUAUGCUUUCUGGUAGAAAGUGUUCACAUAAAAAAAAAAAAAACAUCUUUGAAAUACCAAUACAUUUCUCAUUCAAUAUGAAAUAAAUCAUAAAUUUAUGUGUUUGUACUUAGGUACCUAUAGAAUUGAAUAGAUCAAAAAUACCCGAAAGUAGACAUUUUCUUGUUUGAAAUGGAACUUAUAUGCGAAUUUCGAAGCACACUAAAAUAACCACCUUUAUUCUAAAGUUAAGUAUGUAUAUCUAUAGUUGUUUGAUCUGAAUGAUAAUUUUGAGACAGGUCAAAUUAUAAAUUACUUUUUUGAUAUUUUUUGUUUUAGUCUGGGUACACGUUAUACAAUAUGACAAAAUUUUUCCAAUUCAAUAAUUCCCUCAUUGGUAAAAUCCCAGAUACGCCAAUGUACCAACUGUCUUUGAUUUCUGUGAUAAAUGUGUAAUGUUGUGUUUUCAUAAUAUUAUGAAUUUAUACAGAAUUAUUCUGAGUACUUGGUAUUUUGUAUCAAGAAAAAUUAGUUAUGUUAUAAAUAGUUAUAUUUAUAACAUAACUAAUUUAAUAACGGGGCAUUCGUUGUUCGAGACGGUUUCAAAUAUUUUUUACAAUCGAAACCUUUCAAUACGUAUUAAAAUAUAAAUUCAUAAAUAAAACAAAUAAUAAUUUAUUGAAUAUUCGAUUCGAAAAUAUUUCAUUUCUAAAACCAUACAGACUUUUAAAGCCGAUGCUCUGACCGCGUAAAGAAGUUAUUUUUUGAAAUUCUUGAGAUAAUGAAGAAAAUCUUGGUCUUUAGGUUAAAAAAGAUAUACAAUAAGAAUAAUUAAAAAUAAGGUUGUUAUUAGUAAAUGUUUUAAUUUAUUUUUUGCUAUUAUUAAGGUUUUUAUUAUUUUUAUAAUUUUAAAUCUUUUUUAAAUAAUCAUUGUUGUCAUGGGAACGCAUAUUGUUGUAAUCAUUUUACCAUAAUAUGAUAUAUACCAUAUAUUGUAUUGUUGACAAAGUAACACUAUCUACUUAACUCCACUCAGAAUUGUUUUUUGUUAGCAAUGGUUUAUCGUUGCUUACAGAUAUACAUUAAAAAGCUUUAUAUAUCCUUCCUUCCCUACUUCCCAUCCAAUAGUUGAACUCCCAUUAGUAGUAUUAGCUAUUAUCGUUUUAAAUGUAUGUAUUUAAUCCGAUAGUGUAAUCAGAAUCCAGAUGGCAUAGGAAAUUUUUGAAUAAAUAACAAUAGUACACCAUUACCGCAAUUGUUUACUACUAUGUUUCCACAUUAUUUGUAUUUGGUUUCAUUUCUUUUAUAACUUGGAAAUAAUGGUUCCCCAUAAAUUUUACUUUUCUUUCGAACAUUUGUAUACCUAUUGGAUGGACAAUUAUGUCAAAUGAAGUGUUUUGGUAACAUAAAAGAAAAAAUCCACACUUGAAGCUGUAGUUAUUUUCGAGUAUUUUUACUAUUACUUUAAAAGUACGAGCGACCAUUUUUGAAGACACCGUUAGAUUCAUUAUUAAAAAGUACAUUCUGAAAAAAAAGAAAAGAAUAGCGCUAGGCAGUAAACUAAAUGUAUUUAAUUUGUCUUUAGAAUCACGUUUUCGAAUGGGACGAACAUCAACAAAACACCGUCAUGGGAGCAUUUUUCUGGUUGCACAUGGUCUUGCAAAUUCCCGGCGGGAUGUUGGCACAAAAGUUUGGCGCCAAGUCCAUAUUCGGUUUUAGCAACGGUUUGGUCGCUCUUCUCACGUGCGCUAUUCCCGUCACGGCAAAAAACAACUUUGUUGCUUUACUAGUAUUGCGAGUCGUCCAGGGGCUCGUUGCUGGAACGGCGUGGCCAGCGAUGCAUUCGAUGACGGGCAAAUGGAUACCAGCCGACGAGAGAAGCCGUUUCGUGUCAGCUUAUUUAGGUAUAUUUAUAACUGUUAUGAAAAAAAAAAUGUUAAUAAUAUUAUUUAUGGACUCACCGUUAGCUAUAGCCACAAUUAUGUUAUAAAUGGUCAAAGUCAAAUCGAAUCAAAGUCAAGGGGAUUGGUAACGACUGACGAUAUUUCGACUUUAGUCGAUUUAUACCUAAAAGCCAGACAGAACUGAAGGAAGAUGUUGUAUUUCAAAGAUUUCGAUUUUAUAAUUAAUUUGGUUUUUUUUUACUAGAUUAUAGUAAAAAAUGAUAUUUCAUUAUUUAACUGAAAAUAGUGAAUAAAUUUGAUGAUAUUUUUGAAACAUUUUCAAAAAUGCACUUAAACAAUUUUUCUUUUUACUGACGAUUAAGAUAAUUAAAAAUAAAAAAUAAUUCUAAUGUAUCUUAGUAAUGAACACUAAGAAUUAUAAAACGUUUUCAAAAUUGAAACCCAUCAAACGCAAUUCGUACAGUUUUGUCUAAAACUUUUUAUUUGUUCGUAGUACCGUCCGUACACCUUCGUCUUAAAUCGGAAUCAGUAGAUAAAAUUAUCUAAAAUCGUGAAUUUUAAAAAAAAAACAAAUGAAUAAUUAUGAACAAACAUUUUAUCUUACACUGAUGAUAAGGAAAAAUGAGUAAGAAAAAUAAUUCUCGGAUGAUACAAUUGAAAAUAAUUCAAAUAUUUGUAAAAUAAAAAAGACGGAAAUACUUCGCGUCAUGGGUGGGCUAUUGUUGUAGGGUAGAAGUUGGGAAGGUAAAGGGGAAAUUUAAUGUAUAUUAGCCAUUGCUAACGAAAAACAAAUCUGAGCAGAGUUAAAUUAACAGUGUUGCUUUGUCAACAAUAUAAUAUAUAUCAAAUUAUUAUGGUAAAAUAAUUACAUAUAUAUUAUAUAUUUUCUUUAAUAAUAUUUGUUAAAAACAGAAAAAUUGAAACAAUUUUUUUUUUGUUUUGCCCUGUUUUCACUAUGCUUUCCCAUUUUUUGGGAAAACUCCUAGAAAAAUAAAAAAAUGACUAAUAAAAGAACCACCUUAGUAAUAUUUCUUUUCAGAAAAAGUGCUUAAUUGAAAAUUGGAGCAAAAUUUCUGAUAGAAAAGUUGUCUACAAAAAAAAGAAAAUAAACAUUAUUGUAUAAAAUUAGAGGUUGAAUUUUUUAUAUUAUAAUUGAUUGUUUAAUUACGGAACUGGAUAAGAGAAAGAACUGAAUUUUAAUUUAAUUUAAGGACCCCAUCAAAAAAUUAGCACCGGAUCACAAAAUUGUUGAGUUGGGCUUUGAGCACCAGACUGGAACUUAUUACUUCUAAGUGUCAUGUAAUGAAGUUUACUCGGUAUCAUAAAUCUGUAGAUUUUCGUAUUCUGUAAAUGACAAUAAUCUACAAACCUCUGGCGAUGUUGUAAUAGAUUUUGGUAUUACGUUUUAUCGUCGUCUAUGCUUUCAUUCACAUAUUGAAAGAGUUACUUGUAAGGCUCUUAAAAUGCUUGGGUUUAUUAAGAUAAUUUCUGUUGGUUUUAUGCAUUCCAGUUAGUUCCCUUUAGGCCAUCUAUUAUUGAUUUAUUUGUUCUCACUUGGAAUAUGGCGGAAUAAUUUGGAUUCCUAUAAUACAUUUAGUGACCAAUGCAAAAUUGAGCGUGUGCAGCGUAAGUUUCUGAAGCAUGCGACUUUUGUCCAGACAACUAUUCAUAAACCGCACGAUUACGCGCUAGUGCUUCAGGAGCUAAAUCUGCUGACACUAGAUGUAAUAAAUUGUAUUUUAAUUUCGUUAUUAUGGAAAGUUUUUGUAAUUGUGCUAGCCCUUAUGUAUAUUUAAAAAAAUAAAUAAUAAUAGGUUAUAAUUAUAGAUUUGUUUUUAUCGUGAAUCUGCAGCCUUUUUCUCAAUCGGUGUUAAUUUACUAACUCUAAAUUCUGAAGUAUAUAUAGUUAUAUGCAAUAUUAUCUAUUGAUUUCUACUACUAUUCAUUUUUAUAAUAAGUAUAGUAACAUAUUUUUAUUCGAUGGUUUUUUAGUUUUUGUUUUAUUCUUACAAAAAUUUCAAUUUGUAUUUUAUAUAGUUAAUUAAUUCAACUGCACACGAGUUACGGUCGUUGGUGAUUUUUAAAAUAAGCAGAUAGAGCAGUUGCGGUCAUCAUAUUUAUAGCGUAUCUCCGAGUUGCGGUUACGUGUUAAAAUGUUCGAAUUAUUCGAUAACUUUGUACAUUUUAGAGCACAACAUUUUCAAAGUGUGUUGUUAAUAUGCUUUUAAAAAUAAAACUCGAUAUUGAAAUUAUUGAGUAAAACGUCAAGUUUAACUAUUAUCAAUAUCAUUUUUGAUUUCAAUCAAGAAAUACAAUUUUCUAGCGCAACAAAUUCGUUAUUAUGAAAAGGGUGAAAUAAAUAGACUUAAAUACGUAAAAUCAAUUUACUUUAAAUUUGUAUUCUCUGAAUUUUAAUAUAAUUUUACAUGUAUGCAAUAACAUUUUAGUUUUAAUAAUUUUAUAAAACAAACAUUUUUACCCGUACCUACACAAUAAAUAAAAGUGUAGACAGUUCUAAGUCUGUUAUAAAUGGGAAGGGAAAUGUUUAAUACCUGGUAGGAAAACUUUUUAUUGGGUGACCGCAGCUAGUAGUUAACUUUUUUAUUAGGCGAUUGCAACUAGUAGGUAACGUUGUUUUAAGUGACCAUAACAAGUAUGUAUUUUUUGAUUUUGACCACAACUAGUAAACACCGAUCAAUUCCUAUACGUACAUUUUCCCAUAAAGAAUAGUUUUAAAAAUGUCUGUUGAAAAAAUGUAAAAACUAUACGAUUUCCUAAAUAGAUAAAUAGAUACAAUUAUCAUAGUAAACAGUUAUAUGUUUUUUGAUUUUACAAAAUAAGUAGUAAUAUUAAUUCAGACACUGCCGGGUAAAAUAAUCAUUAACAUAAAAAAAUAUUACCUUGAAAAUACAUAGUUCGAAAAUAAAAAUAAAUCACUCCGUAAACGUAAUAAUUUACAAUACCUAUACAAUGUACUCUGUAUGUAAAAAAAAAAAAAAUAAAUGUUUCCUAAUUAUUUUGUGUUUAUCGCGUGUGUUGUGCAAAGGCAGCUCUUUUGGGACGGCUAUGACUUAUAUGGUAUGCGGUUAUCUCAUAGAAUCGUUGGGCUGGGAGAGCGUAUUUUACAUUACAGGAUUGAUCGGUUUGCUUUGGCACGGAUUAUGGACUUAUCUUAUAUACGAUACGCCAGGCAUUCACCCGACCAUCAGCGAGAAAGAACGAAAAUAUAUAGAAGACAGCCUCGGCAACGACGUAGUGAAAAACGUGUCGGUGCGUGCACAAAUUAAUACAAAAUAAUUUUAAUGUGUUUAAAAAUCUUGUUUUCAUAGUCUAAAAUACCGUGGAGAUCGAUAACCACGUCCGUGCCUUUAAUAGUGAACAUCGUGUCACAAAUAGGUUAUAACUGGGGAAUGUAUACGCUGUGCCUUCAAGCCCCAACGUAUUUCAAAUUCGUGUUGGGUUUCGACUUGAAACGGGUAAGUAUAGAUCUCUAUCUAUACAAGUUUAUCUAUUUGAGCCGCACUUAAUAUUGUUUUCAAUUCUAUACAUUGUCUUCUUCCUAUUUCUAAUUAUUAAAACCUACGUCUUUUCGGAGCCGCCAUCGACCCAUUAUCCCCAAAAUAUCAACAGACCACACAUAAACUAAUCCAAUCGUCGGGUCCAAUAACCUUUAGAACCAAAAACCACCAAUCCAAUUCCUGCAAACAUUCAGUCUGGCAGUUCAAAAUAAACUGCACGAUGUCGCGCUAUUUAUUAUAUAGUCUUUACUCUUUAUCAAUAUCUUUUCUCUCUUAUUAUUCUAAAUAAUCAUGCAUAACAUUAUAAAACGUCCUCUAAUACAAUAUGUCUACAUCUACAGAGCGGAGUUAAAGGGAAAUAGAGGGGGGGGGCAUCUGCCACCGGGCGAAAAGCGCAAAGUUUUAACAAAUCAUUUAGAGUGAAAAAUCUAUUAGCGAUUACGAUAAUGUACUCGGCACGCAAACUCACAUACGCGUUUCCGUGAAUUUACCCAUAUCCGAAUUACAAGUAAUAACUACAGUCACAGUGUCCACGCAAUAAUAAUAAUUUUAUUAUUAAACGGCUAUAUAAUCUAGAUAACAUUUCCACCUACAACUGCGAGCGAUCAUUCAAACGUAUAAAAAAAGAUUGUGGAUUUAUCAAUCUUACGCGAUAAACGCAGUACGAGCGAACGAUUAAAUUUAAAAACAAAUCAAAUAUAAACCAAACACACGAAAUGUAUUGACAAUUUUGGGGAAUAAAAAGCUGAAUAGUUUAAUCCCUAUUACUGAAAUUGCAUUACGAUUUUAUUAUAUUCUGCCUACUAUAUCUAACUGUUCCUGCGAAAGAUCGUUUUCAGCCUUAACAAGAGUCAAGAACUAUUUGCGAUCUACUCUUUUAAAAGAAAAAUUAAAUUAAUUUGCUAUUCUUAACAUUGAAUAUGUUUUGCUUGUAUCUAUUUCAUGGGAUGAAUGUAUUGACCAAUUUGAUAAACAGAAAUCAAGAAAGCAUUUUUAGAAAAAUAUUAUAAACAACAAAAGUAAAAUAAUUUGCUUACAUAAUAAAUCCCAGUUUUUUAUAUAGGUAAUCAUUUUAAUUAACUAAUUUAAUUUUAAUUUGAAUCAUGUUUACAAAAUUGUUAUUUUAAUAAAUGCGUUUACAUUUGUAUUGAAACAUUCAUAUUGUUUGUUAAUUUAUAAUAUAGUACCUAAUAUUAAAAUGAUUGUUAACAUAUUAUUUCAUUAUAUUUUUUAUAUAUUUUAAUAAAAUGCGUGGUAAUUAAAAUACUAAUUAAAUGAGCAUAGGUUGAACAAUUCUUAGGGGGCAGAGGACUCUAUACUAAUCCACCGACCAUCCGUUAGUUAAUACAUUUAAUAAAUACUAAAUUAUAGUAAAACAAUUUUAUGUUUAUAAAAAAAAAAAAUGUUCUGAAUUUUAGGUAGGUUUGUGCUGGUGCGUAAAAUGUCUUAAUCCGGCCCUGCGCAUCUAUAUCUAAACUACUUCUCUUCUCCUAACUUUAUCUAAUAUCUACACACACGUUAUACGAUAGUAGUUAAAAUUGUCCAAAGUAUACCAAAGUAAAAAACAACUAUCGACUUGUAUUUUUAUCUAGAUACUUAUUAUUAUAAUAAUACUGGUGUCGAUGUCUGGCUUUUGUGAUUGUAUGCAAGCUAAUACGCGAAUUGUACAAAUCGUAUAUUUACCUACUGUGUGUAUAAUGUCAAAAACUGAAUGUCUACAGACUGGCUUUUGGUCGGGCAUCCCGUACCUGUUCCUGUGGCCGUUUUCGUUCACGUUCGGUUGCGCGUGCGAUUAUCUAAUCAAAGCGAACAUCAUGUCCAUAACGAACGUACGGAAAUUGGCGUGCGUUUUCAGCAACAUAGUCCACGGGCUGUUCAUACUGACCCUUUCGUUUGCUGGGUACAACGACGUUUUAGUCAUAUUCAGUAUGGUCUCGGCCGUGGUCGUGAGCGGCGCAAUAUCUUCGGGAGCGCUUCCCGGCAUCGUGGACCUGGCCCCGAAUCACGCGGGCGUCCUGCAAGGCAUAAACGGGACCAUCGUGAAUUGCUGCAUUAGCAUUUCGCCGUACAUCGUAGGAUUGAUCACUUUUCAACAGGUACAGUAAAAAUUCCCGCUCCAAAACUUCCAUUUUUUUUUUUUUUAUCUAUAAGAAGAUGCGGUUGCCCAUCAAGCAUUUUGUUUAGAUUACCAACAAGUUUUCUAAAAAAUUUUUUAAAAAAUGAUACCCGACAAUAAUAACGAUCAGAUACGCCCCGAUCACAGAUAUUUGAAAUGUUCAACACGCGCGGGCGGACAAAUAAUUAUGGGACGGGCUCAAUAUGUGAUCUACCUCGAAAUUUAAUCUAUAUUCAACACUGUUUUCCACAAAAUAAUUAAUAUAACAUAGUAGUUAAAUGAUAUCGAUAUUGUGUUAAUGUUUAAUAAACACUAACACAAAGUCUUGUAUCAUUUUAUGAUCGGUGCUAUAGUAGUCGCAUUAAUUACGAAAAAUAAUAAAUGAAAUUACUCUCUUUUAUCAGUUGUCAAUACUUUUACGGCACGGAAGGGGGUUUAUACAAGGCAAUUUUUUUUAUUAAACCUAUCGUGGUUUAGUUAUUAAAUAUGGUAAACUAAUACAAUCGUGCAAUCGUAAACCAAAAGGGCCCGCGCGCUUAAAUUUUGAAUUUCCCGUUUUCGAGGUCAUCGUUUUCAUAAAGUUUGUCCACUCCGGGCGUAAGAAGUACCGAAAUAUUACAAAACGGUUUGUGUAUUUAUUAUAAAAAAAAAAAAAAAAAAAAAAAAAACUAUUUCAUAGAAAUAUCCGACGUCGUAGUACCUGGUGCGUUAUACAUUUGCAUAUACCAAUUUUAAAAUGUUUUCAUCAAUUCCAUGUAAAAAUAAAUAUUAUAGAUAGAGUAAUAAUUGAAUAUUCGAACGAUUAUUUUUAUUUUAUUUUUUCACUUUUAGCAAACCAUCGAACAGUGGAAAAAAGUGUUCGUCGUAUCGGCAACAGUUUGUUUUAUAACGGGAAUUGCGUUUUUGUUAUUCGGAAGUUGUGAAAUACAAAAAUGGAACAAUGACGAACAAAAAGAUAAAAAAGAAAUUAAACCUAUGGUAUGAACAUAAUAUUAUACUUGCCGAAAUAAGUCUGCUUGCAUAUAAUAUUAUGUAGUUCCUACAAGAUAACACAAUUCAAUUUGAGUUAUGAUCACGUAUACUCGUAAUAGUCUCAACGGCUAGAUCAUUUUUUUUUGGGUAGGUAUGUGAUAUAAAUAUAUUAUAAUAAAUAUUAUAUUCUUUCACUAAGGUCUAAGAUAAGUAAUAUGUUUUAACUACACAUUGUAUAAUAUGUGUAUAUGUAAAUGUACAUAACAUAUAUAUUUCAUAUCUAUAUGUGCUGGUUUGAUUAAAUAAUGAUUAUUGAAUUGAAGUACAUUUUAAUGUAAAUGAUUUUAAUCUGUUAUAAUAAUAUACUACACACCUAGACCAAGGUAUUAAAUACAAUUAAAUAUUACUGUAAAAAUCAUAUACUAAAUACAGGGUGUUCUACAGUGGUCAAUAUGUAUUUUCGUCUUUGCAUUUUUUUUUUCAAUUGGGUUUUUCGUCAGGGGGGCACAGAUGUAGAGAAAAAUUGAAUUUUCAUUUUCAUCCCUUAAUCGUUGAAAUAAAAUAACUUUAUUUUUUCAUUUUUUAAAUUUUCAAAACGGCCAAUUUGAAAAAUAUAUUAUUCUAGAGUUAUUCGAAUAACACUGUAGAACCACCAUGUAUAAGUAUAUCACACACAUCAAUUCAAGUGGAAUGCCGGGUCCACACUGAGACGAGUAAGUAGUGCAAGAGUACUAGAUCGAGUUCUCAAUUUAAACCAACAUCAUCAUUUUGUUGGUUCAUUAAAAGUUUAUCUACUCCUUGUGCUUCCUUUUUUUUGCAAAGGUAGCCUUACCCAAAAACCGUAUUUUCUAUUUAUUUUUUUCAUUGUUUCAAAUAAAUAUACUUAGCGUCUAGCAUAAAUACAUUUUCGUCGUCUUCAAUAUUUUUUCUAUUUUCCACAUUUUAAUUUGUGUUAAUUUACUAUAAACAAAAUGUUACUAUAAUUUUACUCUAUUUACAUACUUUUAUUUAUGUUUAAAUUGCUUGACCUUCAGUGAUUGAAUAAAUAUCUGAUCAUUGAAAAUGAAAUUUACAAUUUCGAAACAAACUUGUUUGGUAUGUGUGGAUACAGGAGAAAAAAAACAAAACACAAGAAAAAUGUUUGAAUUUUGUUCAUAUUUUGUUUAAUUUUUAGUCAACUAAGUAUGGACAGUAUGUUUUGUUUGUGUUUGGUUCUUUUCAAACUAAAAAAGUUGAGUUCGUGUUUUGUUUUUGUUUUAUUUCUGUCUUGUUUUAGUGUGAACUUGGCAUAAGACACUCAAUUUUAUUUUAUUUUAUUUUUAUUGUACUUACUUUAUUAUUAUUAUUAUUUUUUUUUUAUUUAAACGCAUUGCAAAUAGUCUCUACCUA